CCUCAGAUUGGUCAAAAGUUUCUGUUUCAACACGCGAUAUAAAUGUCAACAUCGACAUUGUAAGCCUGAAAAAGAGACUCAAACAGGAGAUUAACCGUUCACGUGGUGUGAUAAUGGUGGACAGUGUUUAUCGUACACGCUCUCUCGGUGUUGGUGUAGUUGGUCUUCCUGAUCAGUAUGCCGACGGUAAAGCAGCGAAAGUGUGGCAGCUGUACAUCGGAGACACUCGGAGCAGGACAGAGGAGUACAAGAGCUGGUUGCUCUCCCUGCUCAGAAAACAUGGGGUUCAGAAGGUGCUGGAUGUAGCCUGCGGCACAGGGGUGGAUUCCAUCAUGUUGGUAGAAGAGGGAUUCAAGGUGGUUAGUGUGGAUGCCAGUGACAAAAUGCUCAAAUACGCUCUUAAAGAGAGAUGGGAGAGGAGAAAAGAGCCCACCUUCGAUAACUGGGUAAUUGAGGAGGCCAACUGGUUAACAUUACCAGAAGAUGUAAAAAAACCUGGAGAUGGAUUUGAUGCAGUAAUUUGUCUAGGCAAUUCAUUUGCUCAUUUGCCAGACUUCAAAGGGGACCAGAGUGAUCAGAAGCUUGCUUUACAAAACAUAGCCAGCAUGGUGAAACCUGGAGGGAUCCUAAUCAUUGACCACCGUAACUAUGAUUACAUCCUUGAGACUGGCCAAGCACCCCAAGGAAAGAAUAUUUACUACAAGAGUGACAUGAAACAGGACAUCUCCACCUCAGUACUGUGGGUAAAUAGCAAGCCUCACAUGAUCACACUGGACUACACUUUGGAACUGCCUCAACCAGAGGAUGUUCAGACUCCACCUGAUGCAAGUAAAUUCCGCCUGUCAUAUUACCCCCAUCGUUUGGAGAGUUUUAAGGAGAUUUUGAGAGCAUCGUUCUUUGGAAAAUGCGAGCACAAUGUAUAUGGAGACUUCAAGCAAUACAUCCCAGGUCAAGGAGAUGUGCCCUGUUAUUUCAUUCAUGUGGUUAAAAAGACUACUUAAAUCAACAUGUAUUCUGCCAUUUUUUUUUUCAUCUUAAUCUUAACAUGAAAAAAAAAAACAUGUCAGACAGAAUGUGUUUUUUGUUUUAUGUAAACAUGCGCUAGAUGGAUGUCACACAUGUCAAAUUACAUAAGUCAAAAUAAAAAGAUAAAUGCAUAAAAAACCCUUUAUCACCCAUGAAUAUUAAAGCAUACUGGAAUAUGCUAUGUAAUAUAAACAGAUACGUAAGCAAUAAAAGAGUGGUUGUGACACAAGUACGUAAGUAUAUCCAUGUUAUUCAGAGUAAAAGCACUAAUCGUGCUGUAAUAUAGACUUGUUCGGUGUCGUGUUAUAGAUGUGUGGGAAGAGUCGGCAUGGGGGAAAACAGUGCUUUUCCCCUUAUUGGAAAAACAUGGUGUUGACUCAGAAUGGCAUACAUAAAAUCAUUUUUGCCGCUCGAGGUGUUCUUUCUCAACAUUUUUGUUACAUGAUUGAGCAAAAGACCGUUUACUAUAAGCCUAUACAAGAACGAGAUGGCUUGUGAAAGUAAAUAUUUGUCAUUUUGUUUUGCUUAAUUUUAAUAAAAGUAAUAAAAGAUGAUUAAAAGCCUAUCAUAUUUUCUUAUUGUUAUAUUAAAAAUAUUUUUAACAUUGACAAAACAGGUUACAUUAAGGUCCACUUAAAUAAUACACAGCAUUAUUCUAUGAGGUGUGUGCUGCGGCUGCCUAAUAAUUUUCACAAAUACAUGGCGUAAAAUAAAAAGAUAACAUGAAAAUGUGUAUACCAAAAAAACGAUUAUUGGUUACUGCAGUUAAACCAUGGUAAAAAACAACGUUCUGCUACACUAACCAUAGAUUAACCAUGAUAUUUGUAGUAAAACUGCUUAUAGGCUAUGACUGGUAAUAAAAAAAAUAAAAAAAAAAGCUUGGCUAGCCUACUUUACUUUUACUAUAGUAAUACAAUUUGCUAAUUUUCAUAAGGAAUUGUGUAUAAUAAUAUGAAAUAAAUGCUUUAAAAGAUUAUGACAUCACAAAAUAUCAUAGAGUGAUAUUUAUUUAAUUGUGAUGAAUAAUUGUGGCAAGUGUAGCCUACCUCCGGUAGUCGGUUUGUUUAUCAGUCAUAUACAUCUUCAGAUCAGGUUUUUUAACUUAUCAGAGGUACAGAACGCAAUAGAGCAACUUUUUGGCACUGCACCAAUCAAAAAUCGAACUAAAUCUUCACAAAAGUAAAGAUUUAGCGCCUAACCAGGUCUCUGCAUGUUAAUUCAAAUGGUUUGUUUUCCCCCUCAGCAUAAACGGUUAUGACGUUUUUGUGGGCUUCCCAGCAAUGCCGAACAAGUCUAUUACUUUUAAAUACAAGUGAUAAAAUUAUAAGUCACUCUGUUUGGAACUGUGUAUCAAAUAGACAAAGCUGAAGUAGCAAUUCAUACUGAAAGUUCGAGAAACACACAAUAUGAAUAUUUUUGAAUAAAUUGUGUUUAAUGAUAUAUAAAGUUCAAACUGUAUUUUCUUAAACAUCUUAUGGAGAUUUUACCACUUUUUCUUAAGGUUUUUAAGACUUUAUUGUAUUUUCAUUUAUGUGAGUUGACCCAUAUCAAAGUCCUUCGACACCCACACAAUGCCAGGACUUUCUGGUGUUGCAUUCCAAAUUAAAAUCAGAGAGGAUCCAAUACACCUUGUCUCAAAAAAUUUGAUUGAUGAGGGUCAUAAAAGCCAUCUGUUCUGGACACCUGUUUGUACACCCCCCUCCCCUCCCCUCCCCGUACACCCCAGUGACCUAAAUAUGAACUUAUGAACCUAAGAAGGAAUUUCGGUGAGGGAAGGGAAAAUGUGUUGGGCUCUAUGUGCUUUUUUUUAAAAUUUGGAAAGGGUGAAAUCAUGAAAAUGGUAUAAGGGAAGUUUUUAUUAAGGUUUUAAGUACACAGUGUAUUUCAAGAUAAAGGUUAUAAACAUAGCUGCAAUGGAAACAAUGUAAUGAUCGUUUUCGUAGUUGGAAAAGUGUAAAACAUUGUUGAAGUUGUAACAAAUUAAAUCAAACUAGGUUACUGGUUAUUUAUCUAAAACAACCAAACAAGUAAAAAAACUAUCAGAUAUGUUUUCGUUAAGCAACACGUGAAAAAGAUGUGAGAGCUUGUAGCAUUGCAGUUGAAAAAGGUGUAAAAACGUUGCUAAAGUUGUUACAAAUUAAAUAAAAAAAACUAGGUUACUGGAUAUUUAUGUUAAACGACUAAAGUCAAAAACUAUCAGAAAAAGGUUAAACAGACGAGACAGAAACAAUGUAAUGGUCUUUUUUUUUCUUGCAUGGAAGUGUAAAAAUGGUGUUAAAGUUGUUACAAAUUAAAUAAAAAGAAAACUAGGUUACUGGUUAUUUAUCUAAAACAACUAAACAAGUCAAAAACUAACAGAUACGUUUCCUUAAGCAACACACAAAAAAGAUGUGAGAGGUUGUAGUAUUACAAUUUAAAAAGCUGUUUUGUUACCAGCUAGAAAAUAAAGAAAAUUAGGUUACAGAGUUUUAGCAUUUGUACCUUACCUCAAACUAAAAACUAAAAAAAGAAACGAAUGUAAAGCGGCGAUACAAACCAGAAAAGUUGGCGUUUGUCACGAUGUUAGAAAAAGUUAAAACAAAAGAAAAAAAGAGGUAUGCUUUACGCGGAUCUAAAAUAAAAUACAUCAGACAAGAUUCUAGUCAAAUCUAUGCAGUACUUUCCCACUAAUUAUCAUUUUAAAAAUCGAGAGUGUUACUGACAGAGAGUUAAACAAAAGCAAAAAAGAUCUCACAGCAAAGUGUUACAAUGUCUCCGGUAACAUUAGAUCAACUCA